AGGCAAAUGUCUUUUGGCGAACCAAGCAGAGAGAAUUUGAAGAAUAACAGGGGAAAUACAGCUCUUAAUCCCUGCCAAAUUAAGGUUCAAAAUCAGAAUUUGUUUCUUUGAUGUCAGCACAUAAUUUGUCAAAUUCUCCCAUCAGAUUGACGUUUGAAAUGAGUCGACAGGAAGUUCACUUCCUUGACGUCAAGAUAACUCUUCUAGGUAUACAGUAGGUGAGACAGAAGAAUGGACCAAACAUUACUGGAUGAAAUGUUUAACUCAAUCUUGUUCAAACAUAAAGGAGUGUACUUACAGAGAGAUUUAUCUACACCUGAAAAUGUGGACUCAAUAGAACAUAUGGAAAUUAGAGACAGUGAUGUUUUUUUGGUCACCUAUCCAAAAUCUGGAACAAUUUGGACACAAAAUAUCCUCUGUCAGAUACUCAAAGAAAAACAAGGCAAAGUAGAAGACAAUGUUGACAACAUGGCCAAAGCUCCAUGGAUUGAAUGUAAUUUGUACAACAUUGAUUUUGGCAGCUGCCUCUCUCCUCGCCUCUUCACAUCACACCUGCCUUAUUAUCUGAUGCCGAAGGAUCUGAGGAACCAGAGAGGAAAAGUUAUUUAUGUAUCCAGAAAUCCAAAAGAUGUAGUGGUGUCAUUUUAUUACUUCCACAAACUUAUCGUCAAAUACCAUAACACAGCAAUCACUUGGGAAGCAUUCUUUGACCGCUAUGUGGCAGGAAAAGUAUUUGUUGGCUCAUGGUUUGAUCAUGUCAGGGGCUGGUACACCCACAAGGAGGAAUUUAAUUGUCUGCUUUUAUCAUAUGAGGAAAUGAUCAAGGAUCUACGAUCUGCUGUUCUGAAAAUAUGCCAAUUUGUGGACGUGAAGCUUGAUGACCAAGCAGUAAAAAGAAUUGUGGAGAAAGCAACAUUUAAGAACAUGAAACAAGAUCCGCUAGCUAAUUAUACAUUUAUUUCAAAGGAAAUUCUAGACUACAGUAAAGGAGAUUUUCUUCGUAAAGGUAUUAUUGGGGACUGGAAAAAUAUGAUGACUGUGGCACAAAGUGAGAGGAUGGAUGAGGUACUUAAAGAGAAGUUGGGGGAUCUGCCAAUCACAUUUAUCUGGGACAUGAAUGAGGAAACAGAAUCCUAACCAGAUCCAGGAUGACAAAUGACAAUUAUGAUCAUGAUCUAGUUCUUGUAUUUUUGGAUAACAAAUAAAUGUGAAUAAAUAGGCAUAUUUUACUAAUUUUCUUUUGUUGCAAUAUUAAAUGGAAAUUAAAAACAGAUUCUAAAUAAAUAUAUGGCAAACAAAA